CUGUCUAUGUCUCACCGCGCUCUCAGACUUGGCUCCUUCUAGCUGCAAAAAGGGAAUCUCCUUCUACUUCACCCUCUUGGACCCCAGUGCUGGCCACAAGGAGUAACUCAAGGGAACAUCAAGAUGAAUUCCACCACAGACCCAGAAACUGCUGAACUGCGCCAUGCUGUCCAGGUGGUGGUCACUGUGAUCUUUAGCUUAAUUUUUCUCCUAGGCAUGAUGGGCAAUGGCACUGUCAUCUGGAUAACAGGGUGCCGCCUUCAAAGAACUAUCAACACCGUCUGGUUUUUCAACCUAGCCCUGGCAGAUUUCAUCUCCACCUUCUUGGUUCUUGUCACCGUGCUUUACCUUCUGCUUGACCUCCAUUGGCCAUUUGGGCCCAUAUUAUGUAAACUUGUCAACUGCAUCUUUGGACUGAGCAUCUACGCCAGCAUCCUUUUACUAACUGCCAUCAGCAUUGACCGCUGCAUCCUUGUCCUCUUCCCAGUAUGGUGCCAAAAUUAUCGUAAUCCCAGGUUGGUAACGGCUGCUUGUUUUGUCAUUUGGAUUCUUUCCAUUGCCUUGGUGCCAGGCUCUUACACUCUUUCAGAAAUGUCCACAGAAAGCAACCGAAGUUCUUGCAAGAACCUAGAUGUUUUUGAAGACUGGGAGAGGAGAGAAGCUGCAAUAUUCACUGUCUGCAUUUUCCUCUACCAGUUCUUAGUCCCACUGAGUAUUAUCCUAAUUUCUUAUGCAAUUCUUCUCCUCACACUCCGUAAGAAAAAACUGAACAGAAGCAGUAAGCCACUUCUGGUCGUCACCGGUGUGGUCUUCUCCUUCUUUUUAUGUUGGCUUCCCUAUCAUGCCUUAGCCCUCUCUCGAGUGUUCCUUGGUGGGUUACCACUUUUGGUCAGUCUGGUGGCCGUACCACUCUCCAAAUGUUUGGCCAUGUUCAACAGUUGUAUCAACCCGAUACUUUACGUAUUUAUUGGUCGAGAAUUUAAGGACGCCGUGAAGAGGUCCUUGACUCAAGUAUUUAAAACUGUUUUCGAGGAAGUCCCACAUUAAAGACAUUAAAGGUGGAGGAUAUUAAGAAAACUGGAGAUGAUGCUCAACUUUAUGACUCGUAAGGUGGAAGUUCGUCUGCUUUUGAAUACAAAAACCAAUGAGCUUCGUGGUAAACAUGAAACCACAAAGAGAAGGGACACUUGACCGGACA